AAGUUAUUGUGCAAUAUGGUAUAUCCUUUUUCUCAGAUUACAAGUGCAUUUGACAUGGAAGCAGUUACCUUCAAGAAACUAGUGAAGGGUCAUGCUUAUUCAGUCACGGGAUUGAAAGAGGUGGAGUAUCGUGGCCGGCAAGAAGAGCUAAUUCGUAUAAGGAAUCCCUGGGGUCAGGUGGAGUGGACUGGAGCAUGGAGCGAUAGCUCUUCUGAAUGGAAUGAAGUGGAUCCCGAUCAGAGGGAUGAAUUGCAACUGAAGAUGGAAGAUGGUGAAUUCUGGAUGUCUUUUCGAGACUUUAUGCGUGAGUUUUCUAGACUUGAGAUCUGUAAUCUCACCCCAGAUGUUCUGACAAAGGAUGAGACAAAGAAAUGGCACACUACAUUAUUUGAGGGGACCUGGCGACGGGGCAGUACAGCUGGAGGCUGCAGAAACCAUCCAGCUACAUUUUGGAUUAAUCCACAGUUCAAAAUCAAGCUUUUAGAAGAAGAUGAUGACCCCGAGGAUGAUGAAGUGGCUUGCAGCUUCUUAGUGGCCCUGAUGCAAAAACAUCGAAGAAAAGAGCGCCACGUCGGAGGAGACAUGCACACCAUUGGCUUUGCUGUCUAUGAGGUUCCUGAAGAGUCCCAGGGCUGCCAAAGCGUUCAUCUGAAGAAGGACUUCUUUCUAAGGAACCAAUCUCGAGCACGCUCAGAGACCUUUAUCAACUUGCGGGAAGUGAGUAAUCACAUCCGCCUACCACCUGGUGAAUACAUCGUAGUUCCCUCUACCUUUGAGCCUAACAAAGAAGGAGACUUCAUCCUGCGUGUCUUCACAGAGAAACAGUCAGACACAGAGGUGCUUGAUGACGAGAUCUCUGCAGAUCUACCAGAUGAGGAAGAAAUAUCUGAGGAUGAUAUAGAUGAAAAUUUCAGGAACAUGUUCCAGCAGCUUGCAGGAGAGGACAUGGAAAUCAGUGUCUUUGAACUCAGAACUAUUUUGAACAGAGUCAUCGCUAGACACAAAGAUCUGAAGACUGAUGGAUUCAGCAUGGAUUCUUGUCGCAACAUGAUCAAUCUGAUGGAUAAAGAUGGCAGUGCUCGUCUGGGUCUUGUAGAAUUUCAGAUUUUGUGGAACAAAAUCAGGAACUGGCUGAAUGUCUUUCGCCAGCAUGACCUGGAUAAAUCAGGAACUAUGAGCUCUUACGAGAUGCGUCUGGCCAUGGAAUCAGCUGGUUUUAAACUGGACAACAGGUUGCAUCAAGUGAUAGUGGCACGCUAUGCUGAUGAAUCAAUGGGUGUGGACUUCGAUAACUUUGUCUGCUGCUUAGUCAAGCUGGAGACUAUGUUCAGAUUCUUCCGUAGCUUGGAUCCAGAAGGCACUGGGAGUGCUGUGAUGAACCUUGGUGAGUGGCUGACAUUCACAAUGUGCGGCUAAUGCAAUGAUGGAACUUCAUAAAGACGACCUGAUUGGACUGGGCUAUCCCAAGUGCCUUCUGCAUGUCAGAUCUACAGACAUAGGAUAGCCCAUCAACCCUAUCCCUUCUUUGCCAUCCCAUCCAGUCCAGAACCUGCUUUCUUCUUCCUCUUGGCAACAGACGCAACAAUAUCCUGUGAUUUAUGUUCUCUCAGAUUUGGGUGUCAAAGCUUCUUCAGGAAGCAGGCUAUUUCCUGCUGUAAGCAUAGCUUUUGACAACAGUAUUUAGGGACUGGGGGAAAGUGAGUGAGGAGCAUGGAUGCAUGUUUGUUCAUUCAUUGCAUGCGAGUUUUACUGUCUUUAUUGAGCUUAUCAAGAGGGACUGCCUUCAGAGUUAGCAAGAGGCAGGAUUGCCGUUAAAUUGCUUCCCCUGAUAAAUUAGUCUUUCCCUCUUCACUAGCUACAGCUGAUUUUGAUCUUGCAAGAAAGCCUCACUUGCUUUCUCUUUGCUGGGCAGUUCUGCAUCUACUUCGCUUUUUUUCUGAUAAGUUCAGUGGGAAGGUUAGAAGGGGAAUUGUAUCCCUAAUUCAGCUUUCAACACAAUGGUUUCUGAAGUAAUGCGAUGACUCCCUGAAGUGGUGCCAAAGGUUGGUGAAAUCAGGCAUUUGCCAAGACGACUAAGAAACCCCACUGUCACAAAGGGCCACUAUUUUCACUUCUUGAAGGAACCAACAAAGUCAGAGGCAGCGUGGGACAAUGCUCAGCUUACAAACUCUGUUUCUUCCAAGGGAUGGGACUGCCCUGAGAGUCCCUGUAUUUCACGAACUGUACCAGAAACAGAAGUGCUGCAUGUUGAAAUUUCUCUUUGCUCUCCAUUAGAUUAGAAAAGCUAAUCAUCCAAAUCAUUAGAGAGGCUCAGCUAAAUAGGCUGUCCUACUAGGCUUGUACAAAACCUUGGAGAGAAAAUGGUUGGAAGACAUCUUUACCAAUGACCACACUGGAGAGUGUGGCCCCCUCCCCCCAUUCCCUAUGUAAGAGCAAUCUAAAAAAAAAUUAUUAAAGUUUUAAAAACUAAUAUAAAAAUAGUAAAGCAUACUUAAGGGUGUGCUUUCCUAUUAUUUUCUUAUUUAUCUCCACUAAGACUUGGAGAUUUUUAAUGUUGAAAAUACUUUUUUUUUUUU